AUGACCGACUCUCUCCGCCCCGGCUUGCAGCCGUUGUCUCACCUCAAGGCAGGGCCGACCACGUCAAGCUCCAGGUCAACCGCGCUGCAUUCACCGACCAACCCAAUCAUCUCACGACCUUCUUCGCGAUUGCGCAUGCAAAAGCCUUCAGCACGAGAUGAGUCACUCGACGCAACGAGCGAAAAGGCCACUCUAGCGCUAAUUCGACGCGUGCUUUGUCUCCCGAACAGCAGCCACGGCGCAUCCUCUCCGCAGCCUCUGGAAGAGCUGUUACCCCCUCUUACGAGCUCUAAUGACGUUGACCGUCAACUUUACGCCCUACUCGCUAUAAUUAUCAAGGAGUUUGUUUACUCGUGGUACUCGAAGAUUACCCCGGACCAGGCCCUCGUCAACGAGGUUCUACAGGUCGUUGCACACUGCACUCGUGCUCUGGAACAGCGGUUGCGCCAAAUCGAUGUUGUACAGCUGGCCCUGGAUGAAAUCCCAGCUUUGGUGGAAGCACAUAUACUCUCAUACAGGUUGGCCAAGCAGAAUUCACAUCUAUCAGGACUCUCGACGUCGCAUCGUGCAAUCUACCAUGAAUUGAACCCUCACCCUGGCCUAUCGCCUGUCCCGGAUUCUCAAGAUCCGGAUACGAUCACCGCGCAGAGUGAGAAUGAAGCUGUUUACCGCAAGUUACUUGCCAACGGUACUCUAGCGGUUCUCUUACCUACGGAGGAUCUGGAGAACAGCAGUCUGCGCGCUCUGGUAGGCGACGUUCUGUCAGAUUUGAUAUUGGGCAAGGAAGUCGCCGGCAGGAUAUGCGAGGGUCGGUUCUUCUGGGAAGUCAUCACUAAACUUGCUACUGUAGUGAGACAGCGUAAAGAGGGGCUGGACAAAGCAGACUCCCUGAAUGAUACUCCCCCCAGCCGAUUAGAGCAAUUUGGCCUCCUCUCAGGGCAAGACGACUCGGCACACCAUCAACCGACCCAAUCGCAACUCACGGUCUGGAUAUGGAACGUUCUCCAGGGACUUUAUCUUGGUUACGUUGCCUUGCGUUUCAUUGGGACGGGCCUGUUCCGGGUCGCAUCGAAUCCAGGGCGAGGACUCUCGCACGGAGCCGGUGUUUCAGUUCCCGCUGCAACGCCAGGCUCCCAGAAGGAGUGCAUCGACUCGACAUCAGGCGGCAUCACAGGUAAGCGCCCGGUUCUCGACUACCGGGUGUUCUCAAUGACGUCGACGCUACUUGACCUUUCGAAGAGGAUGCCGUGGCUUUUCGGGCUGGUUUCUCUCUCCCAGCACCUCAUCCUGGCAGGACCAGGCAGAGUUGGUGACACGGACGGAGUCCUUGACAGAUACCUUCGGGAAACCAUUGAGGAGUACGUCCUGCCCCCCACUUUGUUGCCCAACCUUCUUCUUGCGACACGGUCAGUCAUCUUCCCGGCCAAUGCCCGCCCAUCGUCGCCGGGAGCGCCCGUAAAUACUGGAGCCCCGGCGUCGACUCCGCAGGUGUCUGUCCAGCCUCCGCCCAGUGGAAUAGCUCUCACCAUCGCUCCCACCGAGCCCAUUUUGGAAGGGGUCAAGGCCCCCGUGGGUGCCGGCGAUGCCGGUGGUAAAAGUAGUACCGCAUGUAAUAGCAUUGCCAUUGGAAGUGGCGGUGAUUAUCCGCCUCCAUCACCUGAUCCAUCGGCCCUCGAUACAAUCACCUUCAAUCCUACCCCAGCUGGCUCGGAGAAAAGCUUGCGAUCUAGUUCGGAGAUCGCCGCGAUCAAGCGGCGAUGUGCAGCUAGCCUUCUCAGCGUGAUCCCUCCCAGUGUCGCACGAACCUUCUUCGGCUUGGAGCCCAGCUGUAGCAGUGACCGUACCUGCAGCGCCGCCACUGGGAGUUCGCCCUCCCUCAGCACCACUUCGCCACCACCCCCAUCGAUUGAUGAAAAGGUUGUGGUCCAAUCGGAAACUACGUUUCAGGCAGAGAGAGCCGUGCCAUUGUCGACGUCACAGCCUUCAGCUUCUGACUCGGCAGCUAAGGGUGGCGAUGGGGCUGAGCGCACGGACGAGGUCGAUGCCGAAGUUGAUCCGGAAGAGGAGUACCUCCUCGAGGCUAUCGAGAAUGAUCUGCUAGAUCUGCUUUCAGACGAGUACUGUAACAAGCACCUCGUCUACUCCAUUAUCGAAACUGUCCUGGCCAAGGUCCUUCCCGAGAUGGCAGAGCGCGGCGUCGCAGAUUUGAUGGAGGAUCGUGGAGUGGCCCCCGUGCCUGGUGGGUUCUAG